AUGCAUCACCAAAUUACAGUAGAUAAGAACAGUGGUAUUCCAUUCAAAAGGUUCCCCAACUCAUCACAUAACAUGACCGUGCUUUUCGCAAAUCAUAUUAUCCCAGAUAACUAAGAUCAUCAUCUUCAAUCACCACAACCCCAGAUAAAGAACAAUUACCAACCAUGGCUCCUCGACGUAUUUUUGUCAUUGGCGCUACUGGCGCUCAAGGCCUGCCCGUAUGCCGUGGACUCACCAAAGACGGCGCGUACAGCUUGCGUGUUCUGACACGUGAUACAACAUCCGCUCGGGCACGGGAGCUUGCCAAGCUUGGAGACGUCGAGUUCAUUGAAGGCACGUUUACCAACGAAGCCAGCCUGCGAGAGGGCUUCGCGGGAUGUUGGGGCGCCUUCAUCAACAUUGACGGCUUCAACUGCGGCGAGAAGACAGAAGUCUACUGGACCAUCCGUGCUUACGAACUCGCUGUCGAGCUCGGAAUUAAGUUCUUUGUAUUCGGAAAUCUCGACUACGCCUAUAAAAAAGGCGGCUACGAUCCAAAGUUCCGAGCCGGGCACUACGAUGGCAAAGGCCGUAUGGGAGAGUGGAUGCUGCAACAGCGAAAGAGCAACAACAUGGGAGUUGCCCUGUUCACCACCGGGCCAUACAUUGAGAUGACGAUUUCGGAAAAGACAAUCAUGACCCCGAGAGUUGAGAACGGCAUUGUCACUUGGAGAGCCCCUCUCGGGGAUGGGGAGGUUGCGCAUAUCGCCCUGGACGAUUGCGAGUACUAUGUCCGCUGGCUCUUUGACCACCCUGAAAGGUCUGACGGGAUGGAUCUGGAGGUUGCCAUUGAUCACAUUCACUACACCGAUCUAGCCGCAGCAUUCGAAAGAGUUACAGGCAGCCCGGCUCAAUAUAUCGACACUCCUGCGGACGUCUAUUUUAACCAUGUUCCGUUCUCUCACCAGCCGGCAGGGUACAACGCUGACCCGGCAGACCCGGCAACUAUGUCGUUCAAGGACAACUUUACCGCUUUCUGGAAUAUAUGGGCACAUUCCGCAGGUAACAAAGGAGUCAUCAAGCGGGACUACGCGCUUUUGGACGAGAUUCACCCGAGUCGGAUCAGGACAGCGGAAGAAUUCUUCAGGAGAGAAGAAGAGAAGAGGCGAGCCGCUGGACUUGUUGGUCUCCUUGAAUCCAUCCAAAGCAACGCCCUGACUUCGAUCUUGAAGAUUGCCGAAGAUGACAGGAAGGGGCAGUUGUAGUUAGGUUACUUGGGAAUGCUUUGACGGACAGGAAUCCCAUCAUUCAAAGAAUGUAUUGCCGCUACGCAUAGAAAUUUGGAGAUCUCCAACUAAUAUUGCAGAGUAUUCCUUGAUGAUCAUAGCUGGUUUAAGCAACAGGUUAGGCGUGGCAUCAAAGAAGACAAUCAAGAGCCCACGAUUUGGCUGUCGAAUAUUCUACAGUUAGCGAGGGUCGAAGACGGAGGAAAUAGCUCGGGUUUGUUUACUUGAGGUGAUCGAAAAAAAUACUUCACUCUUUAUUGCAUCCUCAUUUCAGUAUUCUAUAGCGCUCUCCUGUCAGAUAUCCAGACCAAUGAUCAAUAUGAAAG